AUGGGGAUUUCAUAUUCUGCACGGGAUUUGAUAAAUUAUCAUAAUCUUGCAAUUGCUAGUAUAUGCUCACUGGUGGUGGCGAAUGCUGGAGACUGCAGAGCAAUGCUGUGUCGAAGGGGCAAAGCAAUUGAGAUGUCGAGAGAUCAUAAACCCGUUUGCUUGAGGGAGCUGCGUCGUAUAGAAGCCUCGGGAGGUUAUGUAUACGAUGGGCAUCUCAACGGGCUGCUCAACAUUGCUCGUGCAUUGGGCGACUGGCACAUGGAAGGGCUGAAAGGUGGUGAUGGCGGACCACUUACAUUGGAGCCUGAUCUCAUGACCACGAGGCUCACCGAGGAAGACGAGUUUCUCGUCAUAGGGUGUGACAGCCUGUGGGACGUGUUCCUGUGCCAGAACGCGUUGGAUUUUGCCCGUAGAAGACUCCAGGAACACAAUGACCCAUUGAUGUGCAGCAAGGAUCUUGUCGACAAGGCUCUGAAGCAGAGGAGUGGGGAUAAUUUAUCCGUGGUCAUGGUCUGUUUCCAGCCGGAGCCACCGCCCAAUCUGGUCGUUCCUCGCGGAAGAGUGCAUCAGAGCAUCUCCACCGAAGGGUUGAAGGAGCUGCAGAGCUUCUUGGAUGACUUAGAUAUUUGAGAUUUUGGAUGGCAUCUUCCUCACUUCAUCUUUUUCUUUAUUUACCAUCAUUCUUGAUUGUUGUUGAGAGAAGAUGUAAUUUCAACUGUAACAUAUGCGGCUACUGACAUCAAACUUUUCUUUUUCCUAGUAUAUAUAUUCAAGACACGGAUUAACAAACUUUUUGGCAUUUUUCAAAGACAAAUCCAACAAGUUUAUACUUGCACAAGACCAAAAAGAUACAAAGAAACACUCUUUUAUUUGAAUAGAAAAUCACAACUGCUUACAACUCACACCCUACAAGGUCCAAUGCUAACUUAAAAUGAACAACAAACCAAGAUAAAACAACAUAUA